AUGAAUAAACGUAUUUUUUUGCCACAAACAACGUUUCAGAUAAAUAUCAAAACUAUUGAACAAGCCAGUCAUGAUAGAAUUUUAUCUAUAAAAGGCAAACUUAAUGAUUUUUAUGAUUGGCAACUCAAUUCGCCUCAGCGCAAAUCUCUUCCAUCAUUUGAAUUAUUAGAUGGCCCUCCAUAUGCAAAUGGACGUGUUCAUGUUGGUCAUGCUAUAAAUAAACUUUAUAAAGAUUUUGUUGUUCGCAGUCAAGUUUAUUCUGGAAAACGCGUUUAUUUUCGUCCAGGUUGGGAUUGUCACGGACUUCCAAUCGAAUUGAAAAUCAUGAAAAGCCAUGAAGUAAUUUUAUUGCAUUUAAUACAGUACUAUGCUUUUUUUUAUUAUUCGGUAAUCAUCGAUGUUAAGAUGGAUUCGUUCAAACGUUGGGGUGUAACUGCUGAUUGGGAAAAUCCUUAUCGAACAAUGGAUAAAAACUACGUUUCACGGCAAAUUCAACUUUUUGGAUUAUUCUUCGAUCAGAAAAUUAUUUAUCGGGCAUUUAGACCUGUUUAUUGGUCUCCAAGUUCCAAAACUGCUCUUGCUGAAAGUGAAUUGGAAUAUAAUGCAAAUCAUGUUAGUACAGCAGUUUUCUUCCGAUUUUUGAUUAUAAAUUCACGAAAAAUUCUUGAAAAAUGUGGUGUUGUAACACGGAAUUCAAGAUUAUAUGGUUUAGUGUGGACGACAACACCUUGGACUCUUCCAUUUAAUAAUGCUGUUGCUUUCAAUUGUAACGAUGAUUAUGUCGUGGUUCAAAUCAAGAAGGAACAAUCGCCCAUUCAAAAUCUUUAUAUUUUAUCGAAAAAUUCGAUUUCAAAUUUUGAGGAAAUAACGAAUUUAUCUGUUCAACACAUACUGACAUUGGACAAAAGGGAUCUACAAGAUCUCAUGUAUAAAAAUUGUAUGUAUUCGGAUAUUGCUCAAGGGUUUAUUGAUGAAAAUUUUGUGAAAAGUGAUACAGGCACAGGUCUUGUACAUAUUGCUUUUGCUCAUGGCAUUGAUGAUUUCAAGAUAGGUCGACAAAGAGGACAUAAAAUUCAAUGCUUUAUUGAUGAAAAUGGCUGCUAUACGCGUCAAAUGGGAUAUGCUCUUGAAAACAAAAAUGUUUUAGGAGAUGGUGAAGAAGCCGUAUUACGUUUAUUAAAAAAUGAUAUCAUUUUUAAGCAUUCAUAUCAACAUUCUUAUCCUUAUGAUUGGCGAACUAAAGAGCCCGUUAUUAUUCUAAGCAGUGAACAGUGGUUUAUGGACAUAUCAAAAGCAAUUAGUAAAACUGUGGAAUUAAUUGAGAAUGGUUCUGUUGAAAUUGGGACUCCUUAUAAAGAUAGAUCCACCUCUCUACUGGCAGAAAUGAACCAAAGACCUCCCUGGUGCAUAUCUCGACAGCGGGUUUGGGGUGUGCCUAUCCCAGCAUUUUUCAGUAAAAAUGGGAAUAUAUUGGCUGGCAGAGGAAUUGCGGAAGAAGUCGCUAAAAAAAUAGCAGUCGAUGGUCCAGAUGUAUGGUGGACUCUUGAUGUGGACGAGCUCUUAUUUCGAGAUAUUCAGUUGAGAAUAAAGCAUGGCGUAUUAAAUGGGGAAAAAUUAACAAAAUGUUUGGAUGUAAUGGAUGUUUGGAUGGACAGUGGUGUUUGUUGGUCAUGCACUCGCAAUGGAGAACAACCAGCUGAUAUUGUUAUUGAAGGCGUUGAUCAACUUCGUGGAUGGUUUCAAUCUUUAUUGCUCACUUCAUUAUCUUUACAUGAUAUUGUACCUUACAAAAGAGCUUUGAUUCAUAAUUUUGCAGUGGACGAUUUGGGUAAAAAAAUGUCCAAGUCAGAUGGUAAUGUCGUCGAUCCAGAUAUGAUCACUGAUGGCUCUCUUAAUAUGAAUCCAAUAGGCAUCGAUGGUCUACGUUUAUGGGUUGCAUUGUAUGGUACUAGUGGUGAACAGGCCCGUAUUGGCAAGGCAGUUGUUGAUGAACUUGCAAUGAAAAUUAGAGAAAUAAGAUCAAUACUGCGGUACAUAUUGGGUUGCGUUGAUAGCAAGAAAUUCGAUAUCUCCUUAUUUAAGCUUCAUUACAUUGAUCGGUAUAUCUUACAUGAAACCGCUCUUUUUAUCAAUCGUUGCAAAUUGAAUUACCAAAAAUACAAAUUUGGAACACUUGUUCACGAUUUUCUCCGGUUUAUUAAUUUGCCUCUCAGUUCUCUUUAUAUACACUUUAUUAAAGAUAGACUUUAUUGUGGUUCAAAAACUGAUAGGGAAUGCGUUCAGUACACGUUGUCAGAGGUUGGAUUAUCGCUGGUUUCUAUUAUGGCUCCUAUCAUACCUCACUUAGCUAUCGAAUUUUUUGAUCAUCAUCCAGGAAUCGAAGACCCCGCCAUAGCUCUCAGGUCUGUUGCCUUUGCUUUUUUGUACUCGGAUGGCACUCUAAUUCCUUUAAAUUGCUGGAACUCUCUUUGUGUUCUUGAUUUUGAAGCCGAAAAACUUGAUGUUAUGUUUAAAAAGAUAGAAGAACUUCGAAGCGAGAUUCGAGAAAUAUCAAAUCCACAACAAAAUUUAAGUUUAUUGGGAGCAAAAAUAUUAAGUGGAAGUGAAGAUGCCAAAAUUUUAAAAUUUAUGCAAACAAAAGAACAUUCAUUCAAUUCUGAACUGGUUGAAGCCUUGAAUUUAUCAAUGGUCGAAUUACAGUUUUCAACAGAUUUUCAAAAUACAAAAAUUGUUCUAAUCCCAAGUGAUGGAAAAUACUGCACUCGCUGCAGAAGGAAUAGGCGUUUAGAAUCAAAGGAAUAUUGCGAUAGAUGUAUUAAUGCGCUCAUUGAAUAUGGUGGUUAA